CCUAGCCGCAGCCGCCAAAAAGGACCCAACAGUCGCCAAAAAGGACCCAACAGUCAAACAUGGAUGCGAAAGAGAAAACAGGUAUCCGCAGGUUUGUGUGUGAUCAACUGCGUGAUGAGCCAGACCUCAGCACACUAACCUUAAGAAUAUUGAAAAAGCGAUACCUGGAACGUGUGCAAUGUGACUCAUUAAGUCCAGAGGUCAAACAUUUCCUAAAGCAGGUGGUUGAAGAGGCACUGAUAAAAAUGCAGGAAAAUGAUGAAAACGAUAGUGAGCUGGAAACCAAGAAGUCCCAAAACAAAAGGAAGAGAAAAGAUGAGGUGUUGAGUGGGGGGGAAGACGAAGAUGAAUCCACAGCAAAAAAGCCCCGUCGUCGGUCGAGCCCAUCCUCUGAAUCAGAGGUCAAAAAGGACUGCAAAACAGGAAGUGAUGACAGUGAGGAGGAAGAGAAAGUGAAAUCUGAGGAUGAAAAGAAAGAGGUAAAGAAAUCACAGCGCACCACAAACGGGAAGAGUAAACCGCAGAUAAGCAGUGAGAAAUCAUCUGAUGAAGAAAUGAAUGAGUCAGAAAAUAAAGGCAAAGAGAGUAGCUGUGAGGACAGUCCAAAAGAAAAGGCGAUAAAGAAAACGGAUGCGACAAAGAAUGGAGAGUCGGGAAGCAGCGAUGCAAGCAAAGGAAAGAAAACACCUCAGAGUGAUGAGGAGGAUGAACCUGACACGGAGAGGGAGUCAGAAAAAAGUGAACAAAUGAAAGACAAAGACCCCUCAGAUGACAGUGAAAAAGAAGAAAAAGUCUUGGUGGAAAAGAAAAACAACGACUCAGACUCUGAUGCAUCGUCACUCACCUCUUUGGACGAGGAACAGAAUAAUGGAAAAGAAAAUACACCAGCUGAUAAAAAGAAGAAAGCCACGAAAAAAGUGGAGAAAAAAGAGAAGAGCGCCAGCGGUCCAAAGGGGAACGAUGCAUCCGUUGUGAGGCUCAAGCGAUACAUUACUCUGUGUGGCGUGAAGCUGAAUUACAAGAAGGUGCUCGAGGACUGUCACUCGGUCCGCUCCCAGGUGGCUGUCCUGAAGAAGCAGCUGGAAGAUCUUGGUGUUGAUGGUCAGCCAUCUAUUAAGAAAUGCAGAAAAAUCAAAAUGAAAAGAGAGGAAACUCAGGAACAAGCUGAUCUCGAUGUCAGCAACAUCAUUGCCACAGAAGAAUCAGAGGUCAAAAAGGACUGCAAAACAGGAAGUGAUGACAGUGAGGAGGAAGAGAAAGUGAAAUCUGAGGAUGAAAAGAAAGAGGUAAAGAAAUCACAGCGCACCACAAACGAGAAGAGUAAACCGCAGAUAAGCAGUGAGAAAUCAUCUGAUGAAGAAAUGAAUGAGUCAGAAAAUAAAGGCAAAGAGAGUAGCUGUGAGGACAGUCCACAAGAAAAGGCGAUAAAGAAAACGGAUGCGACAAAGAAUGGAGAGUCGGGAAGCAGCGAUGCAAGCAAAGGAAAGAAAACACCUCAGAGUGAUGAGGAGGAUGAACCUGACACGGAGAGCGAGUCAGAAAAAAGUGAACAAAUGAAAGACAAAGACCCCUCAGAUGACAGUGAAAAAGAAGAAAAAGUCUUGGUGGAAAAGAAAAACAACGACUCAGACUCUGAUGCAUCGUCACUCACCUCUUUGGACGAGGAACAGAAUAAUGGAAAAGAAAAUACACCAGCUGAUAAAAAGAAGAAAGCCACAAAAAAAGUGGAGAAAAAAGAGAAGAGCGCCAGCGGCCCAAAGGGGAACGAUUUAUCCGUUGUGAGGCUCAAGCGCUACAUUACUCUCUGUGGCGUGAGGCUGAAUUACAAGAAGUUGCUCAAGGACUGUCACUCGGUCCGCUCCCAGGUGGCUGUCCUGAAGAAGCAGCUGGAAGAUCUUGGUGUUGAUCGUCAGCCAUCUAUUAAGAAAUGCAGAAAAAUCAAAAUGAAAAGAGAGGACAUUCAGGAACUAGCUGAUCUCGAUGUCAGCAACAUCAUUGCCACAGAAGGUCGACCUAAGCGCAGAGGAACCUCUGCAUGGAAGGAACGGCAGGACUUUCCGUCCUCCACAUAUCUGCGCACUGUGAACACCGGCUCUGAUAGUGAUGAAGAAAACAAACCAAACAGAGGGCGAAAGAGAGCUACAGACUGGGCCAACCUGCAGGGGAUCAUCAGUGACGAUGCAGACAGCAACUGACUGGGACACCAGUGUUCUUAGAUAUGGAUAUUUAUCUUUCGUUAUGUUUUUUGUAAAAGUUGGCUUUACGUAUGUUUUUGAUACUAUUACAAAUGUAUUUCUGAAACCUUUUGCAAAAAGAUAGAUUGUUCAAAUUAACACAUGAUGUUGCAUGUCUUGUUAUACCAUUUGAAAUGUAAUUCUAUGCUAUAUUUCUAAUAAAGUUGUUGUGCUUUGAUCAAAUAAUUAUUUAAUUUAAACCAGAGCUUUAAACUAUAUGGGUUCCUGAUUUCUAUUGCUUAUUCUAAAAUAAUAAAAAAGUAAUCAAUAAUGCAAAAAAGGACAGGAAAUGUAUUAAUUCAGUUAACAAUACACUAAUAUGGAAACAAGUAACAGGUAACAGCAGUAAUAGCAUGUAUCCGGACAUAUUUCCGGAACUAACGUAAGUAAGCUCUUGGAUAUUCGGAAUGUUUUGCAGACGGACCGGUCCCACAGGGUAACGUGUCCGCUCAAGCUCCUGCAGGUCAAUGAGAUAUUUCUUGUUAAUAAUUAUUGUACCAUCCAAGUAAUUGCCUUUUGUGUGUGUGUACGGCAGUAUUAUGUUGUGUUUUUGCUUAUUAAUAAGUCGGGACGUAUUUUCAGUGAGACAACGCAUGAUAAAACACAAUAACUGCAUGCAUGUGACCCUCAACCCCUCUGUCAAGUAUCAGUACUGUACAUAAUAAAAUAAACGAACAUUACAUUUAU